AUGGCGCGGCAAAGGAAAAAGGACCCUCUCGCAGCCAAGUUGCGCAAGCCAAAAGAGAUCAAUGGAAUCCCGGAGGGCUUCCAGGCACCUCCCGCGGAUCUCAAGCCGUUUCUCGAGACGCUCAGCGAGAAGCACGUCUAUAUCGCCCAUAUCGACAACCACCCGGCCUCGUUCAAGCGCAACAUCUUCGCGGUUCCAGUGCUUAUGAACCUGGCCGUGUGUGUUCUGUUCUUCCUACGGCUCUGGUACAUUGGGGAAUGGUACCUCAAGCUCCUGGUGUCCGUCCUUGGCUACCCCAACGAGCUCACCCUCAACGUCUACGAGAUGGAGUGGGAGGACAUCUUCAUGGAGAUCGGCCGCAGGACAUUCACCCUCGCCCUCGACUUCGUGCUCACAAUGUUCCUUUGGCCGUGGCCGAUCGAGUUUGCCCUCAAGAUUGCCGGCGGCAACCCCGUCAUGUGGCGCUACAACGUGGGCUUCCGGGACCGCGAGAUCAUUGUCCGCCGCAGCCGCCACUGGGACCGUGCGCUCGGCGACGUUGUCAACGACCUCAACAGUCGCGGUCUGCUCAUGAUGAACAUCGGCGUGGCCACGGCACCGCUCCUGAUCAACGAGAAGACGGGCUACCUGCUCAUCAACGCCGAGUGGGACCUCGACUGGAACGCCAUGUGCGACGCCACCAGCUUGCUCGACCAGAAGAUGGUCAAGUUUCUGUCGUUUGACACAAUCGUGCUAGUCUUCCACGACGAGUACGGCUGGCUCUCGGUCGAGGUUGACAAGUCGGAAACGGUCAAUGCGGAUGAGCGGCUCAAGCAGAAGAACAUCUUUGCAUUCCGGGAGGCCCUGCGGGGGCUCGACAAAGAGCACCUGUUCUACCGGUGGAUUGAGCUUGUGCAGUACGAGUCGUCGCGGCCUGGCGGGUUCACCGAGGAGCGACAGGUCGAGGCUGCCAAGCAGAUCCGGGAGUUGUUCCAGAAGGACAAUAUCGACUUUGACCAGCUGUGGCUGGAAGCUGUUGGUACGGAUGCGUCUGAGGGGCUGUAG